UCACUUCCGUGCGACAGGCCCACGUGACGCUCACUCCGCCUUUGAUUGGGUGGGGCGACACGCACAUCCGCAGGAAGUAAGGGGGAGGGCCACUUCCGGUGCAGUUGCAGCAGGGCGGUGAGCUUUGCCACAGAAGAAGAGGAAGCCAUGGUGUGCAUCCCUUGUAUUGUCAUUCCAGUUCUUCUCUGGGUCUACAAGAAAUUCCUUGAGCCCUACAUCUAUCCAGUUAUUGCUCCUUUCAUUAAGCGUGUGUGGUCCAAGAGAGCUGUGCAAGAAACAGCCACCAAACAAGGGCAAGGAGGUGGUGCUGGGAAUCCACAGGCACCUUCAGCUGCACAGAGAGAUAAGGGGGAUGACUUUGGAUCUUACAAGUUUGAAAGCAAUGGUGUCGCAAACGGAAUUGCCGCCAAGGGAUCAACAGAAGUGUCUGACAAGAAAGCAGAUUAGAGGAAUUCAUUCCUAUGGAUUUCAUUCCUUUGUGCCCGAUGUGAAAUGGGGAUUGCUUUUUUCUCACACAGAGACUUUGUUCUUUGCACAUUUCAGCUGAAUAAAACCCCUUGCCACUUACAGGAGAGGAUCUCUUCUGCCGCUAAAAUGGCAGCUAGCAAAUUUCUUAUAUGAAAUGUUAAGUUAUUCUUUAUUUUCCUCGCUGGAGCCACUUUGCAUCUAUAAUGAUCUGAUUGACGAGAAAUUAGAUUAAAUAGCUUGUGGAUAAGUCUAGCUUCAUGUGCUGCUUCUUAGUUCUGCUGUGAGUGCAAUACUUCAGGCUUCCACUGGAGAACUGUAACCUUGGCCUAGUUAAAGAACUAGUAAUUACAUCGUGACAAUAAAAUACUAUGGUCAGAAGUACCAAGAGUAGAGCCUGCCGUGUGAGUUUACUUAGAUUAAUGGAGAUAGAAGGUCUUGAUUUGAUAUUUUUCACUCAUUUUUUCUUUAAUAUUCCACUUUCCUGACAAGGGCAUGAUGUGAGAGAAUUGCUGCUUUACGUUCUGUUGCAGUGGUUUCAAAUGAUACCUGUCUAAUAAACAAACAUUAGGCUGAAAUCCC